AACGGGUUGUGAUCCCACUCCACCAAGCCAAAAACAAGAAACCCCCCCAAUUAUUUCCUAAUUUAUACCAUCAUCCGUUCCCCAUAUAUCUAUACAUAAUAUAACACUUCUUCUUCCCUAAUCAUUCCAAAACUAUUCACAAAGUCAUCCCUCACGUCUUCUUCCUCCCUCUCCCCACUCUCUCGAUUCAAGAAACAGCAGUAGAUCGUCACAGAGAUUCAAGAAACAGCAGAAGAAGAUCAUCAACGAGCGCGAGAAGCAAGCGCCACCAUGAAUUCCAUCUUCAGUUCCUUCGAUUUCCUCUGCGCCGAGCUCUUCGGCAUGAAGGUGAAGGCCCAUCUCCCCCCGGCGGCCAGCACCGUCGGCGGCGGCGAUCCCUCGCCGCUCCGGCGCGGCGAAGGGGCGCCCGAUAUCCCGAGGACGGGAAGCAAGGGCGAGAACGUUACAGAGCAGAAGCAGAAGCAGAAGCAGAAGGAGAGCUUCCCGCGUUUCGCUCUGGAGCUCGACGGGAUUCACUGCUUCGAGACCAUCGUCCCUCACUGAGAAUCCCCUCCUCCUCAUCAUCAUCAUCAUCAUCAUCAUCCAGGAACAGGGGAUUCUUUUGCUUUUUUUCUUUUCUUUUUGGCGUUCGAGAUUUGAAUUGCGUAACGCAGGGGGCUAACUGUAGAACUCUUGCGGUUCAAGAUUUGCAGCAAUCUUUCUUUGUUUUAGGAACAGUAACCGUAACCGAUUCUUUUCUUCCAUGUUCUUCUCCCAAGUGUUGGGGUUUGGGGCAGAAGUAACCAUUGCUUUGGUAACUCGCAAGGGAUGAUUUCCCCAUGAAUCGACCAAUAUUACUCCCA